AGUGAGCGCGUCAGAGCAGGAAGUUGUCAUAAGGAGCUAAAAAGAGCUGCAGAGAGGAGUGCUGCUGAUGUUAUAACCUGAAAAUAGCCGUCUCUGCUCGCUUACACACCCCUGAGCUGCGAGUGCUUCUCGGGUGUGAAGCUGUACCGACAGCAGGAGUCGCCCCGCGGCUGAGGACGGAGCUGAAGCAGCGACAUGGAGUGGCUUCGAGCUGAACAGGAGCGAGAGGAGAACACGCCCUGCGCACACCCACACGAGCCCAGUGCGGAGAGCAUGGCGUCUCUGUGCUUGAGUCAGCAGCGCUGUGUGAAGGCCUCGAUCGCGUCGCAGUGGCAGCUGGUCGAGGCACAGGACCAGCUCUGUGGUUUGGAGCUCCACAGCUCAGAGUCUGUGGAGCAGGAGCACGCCCGAGCCAUGGCCUCCUCCGCGGAGCUCUCUCAGACCGAGCAGGAGUGGAGGCAUAAAGAGAGGAUGCUGGGACGGAGCCCCACUCUGUGCCCCGAGGCCAGCCGUGAUGUGUUUGACAAGAGUAUAAUAAACAGUUCACAGUCUUGGCCUGAUGAAUCCGAUCAUGAUAAGAACAUAAGCUUCAUCCAGCGUAAUGAAGAACUCUUGAAACAUUUUGGUAUGUUGAGGAGGUGGGAUGAUAGUCAGCGCUUUCUAGCAGAGUAUCACCAUCUCAUCUGUGAAGAAACGGCCAAUUACCUGAUCCUGUGGUGCUUCCGUCUGCAGGCAGUGCAAAAAGAGGCCUUAAUGGAGCAGGUGGCUCAUCAGGCAGUCGUCAUGCAGUUUAUUCUGGAAAUGGCCCGCAACUCUCAGCAAGACCCACGAGGCUGUUUCCGUCAGUUCUUUCAGAAAGCCAAAGCAGGGCAGGAGGGAUACUUGGAUGUCUUCCACACAGAACUCAACGCCUUUAAGCAGAGAGUUAAAGUGUAUACCAUGAAAUCAAAAGGAGAAACCCCAAAGGAUCCAGUGCACCAAAACACACCACCAGGCUGUCGCCUCGACCCCAAGGAGGUUUUGGAGUCUUUGCCACCGGAACUGAAAACAUGCAUCCAAAUGCAAGAUAUGCCGAUUCUUCAGAACGUGCUGAGCAGCAUGAACCCGCAGGUGGCAGAAUACCACGUCAAGCGUUGCUUGGAGGCAGGACUUUGGACAAAUACACCAUGAGCCUCCAAAGAAGAGAGUUCAGAAACGGACGAGUGGAGAAUGAUGGAGAGCUAGCAGACGAAACUUCACUAGGAAAACAGCUUUGGGCGGCAGGACAGGAAAUACAAGGGCUGUGCUCAGAGACGUUUGAUUUGUAUCCGUGCCUGAAUGUGUGCUGCACUUUAUAUUUGUUUAAAAGAGAAAGUAUUUUAAAAGAGAUAGGGAACUGAAUUUUGAGGCACUUCUAUUUUUGUUACAUUUCUGUUGCUAUCUUUUUCUUCUGUUUUAGCGUUUCAGAAAAAAAGUUUAGGAAGUUGGUACAAGCUUUUGUCUCAUGUUCUUUGUUUUUUUCAUAUCUCCACCUUUGGAUUGUAAUCUACAACGUCCACUGAACAUUCAGACUCCAGCUGCUAUCAGGGAACUGUUUCAUGUGUCAUCUGUGCGUGGAUGCGGCAGAUAACAGUCGGCUUCCUGCAGAUAGACAAACGACAAUAAGGCGAAGCCGGACCUCCCAUUCUGCUAUCUUCACGAUGGAAACAAGACCUUUGCAAAAGGUCAUUUGUAGGUCCAGUAGUAUGGCAUGAAAGCCAGCAAUAUAGGGUUGUUACCUACAAUUAUAAUGAAAGAGAUUCACAUUCACUAUCAAAAUGAAAACAGUGUGUUUAAUAUAUUGUCAAAAGCAACAAAUAACGUACGUUUAAGGGAUAGUUCACCCAAAAAUCAUUAUUUCUCAAUCUCAUGUUACUGCAAACCUGUGUGACUUAUGUUUAACACAAAAAUGUUUUAUUCAUACAGUGACGGUCAAUGGCAUCCAAUCAGUGUUGUUUUGGACCCCAUUGACUUUCAUUAU